AUGACAGACCUACAUACCCGCCAUUUCUCCCACAUCGGAGGUAACUCCACCGAACUCCUCGACCGUCUCGCCGUUUCUGAGCUCUGCAAAGGCUGGCCUGUCUACCGCGAUGCAAGCGAAUGGGCCAACUACCGCUCCCUCUUCACCAAGGAUGCCUACGUUUGGACCAGUGCGUUGAAUCACCAAGGCCCUUCCCACGAUGCUUCUACUCUCAGAAGUAUCUUGCUUGCCCCUGAAGCUAACGCCAUAUGGCAUGUCACAGCUUGGAGCGGCGCACAGCCCAUUGGCGACUUCAUUCGCAUGUCCAUCGCGGGCAAGUCGUCAGGGGCCUCCAUCAUGCACCGUGAAUGCGGCACUCUUGUUGAGCUGAAACCAGAUACGGGCCGCGCCGUGGGCAAGAUGAAGGCCACCAUUACCCAACGCUUCAAGCACCACGACGGCUACGAGUACGACGUCGACUGUGACUGUCGGUUCCUCUUUUUCUAUGAGAAGACGAAGGGAGAGAGAGGUGAUGGCAUCGAGAGGGAUGAGAAAUACUGGCAAGCUGCGUACGUCAAACUUAUAUAUGAAAAGGACAAGAUUGUACCCGUGGAUGGGGCCAGGGCACCAGUCUUCGCGGACGAGGUGCUGGCUAGGUAUCCUGCGGGAUACAGAUACCUCGGAGCUGCGCAGAGUACUUUGGGCUACGAGAUUGAUGCCAAGCUUAUCACGGGAGAGGACGAGAGGGCUUGCAGCAAGAUGUACCAGAGUAUGGAGAGGUGGUUGGAGUGGGAAGAUGGUCCGGUUGGCCUUUUCGAGACUUGA